AUGCUACGAGCUCCCGCAAGGCAAAUUGAGUCAUCUGAGCAGCCUGUCGUUGUCCCUGAAGAUAUUAUUGACGAACAAAAUGCUACUAGUGGUGUCAACAACGAAGUAGACGAUGUGUCCAUAACGGUGCGAAAUAAGGUUUUCGUACGUGGUGGUAGCAGGAUAUCGCAUAGAAGCAGAAGAUCUUCGGCUAUUAAUGCAAGCCAAAUCCGUGCGUUAGAACUCGUCGAGGAAUUCGAAGAAGACGAACUGCAUGUCUCUUCAGAGCAGGACCGUAUAGUAGCAGAGCAGCGUUUGGAAGAGUUGAAAAUUCAAAAGGAGUUAGAGCUUAAAAGCCAGCAGAAAAAAGCUGAAUUCCUCAGAAAAAAGCGCGAACGAACAAUCCAAAUCAACGAGUUACGAUCCCGUUCCGAUUCUUCAUGUUGUAGUUCAUUUCGGCGUGUUCAAGACUGCCAAAACUGGGUAAACGCAAGUGAGUUACCAUUGGAAGAGCCCGAAUAUUGUUCUGUUCGUCCCGACCGUUCUGUUCGUUCUGACCGUCAAGACCGUCCGGAUUAUGCUGCUUUUCCCGUUCGUCCUGAACAUCCUGACCGCUCAGGAAAUCUCCAAUAUAAUGUAGCAGCCACUGGUACAAACGAGGUUCUAUGUCAAGCGUUCAAGGCCCUCCAAAAUCGGCGUGUGAGAGAUCUACCACAGUUCUCGGGAAACAUCAUGGAUUGGCCAAUCUUCGAGAACGAGUUUAGAACAUCCACUGCGGAGUGCAAGCUGACAGAUCGGAAAAACCUCAGGCGAUUGAAUAACGCUUUGCAGGGUAAGGCUCGUAAAACCGUUGAGUCUUUGUUAUCUGACCCUGAAAACGUUGGCCUGGUAAUGAAGAUGCUCAAAUCGAAUUUUGGACGCACCGACUGGGUGGUAGCCAACCGUAUGGAGCAACUCAGAAACUUGGAUCCUGUUAAGGACGGCAACAUUGAAUCGUUCCGUUCUUUCUUUAACACUGUCAUUGGUACAGCAGCAGCGCUAAAAAAUGUAAAAGCUGAUGUGUACCUGAUGAACCCCGAGCUUACCUCUCACUUAGCUGAAAAGCUUCCACCUUUUAGCAAGCAAAUGUGGGUGAGGCAUAAAGCAUCACUUAUGAAGGGGGACAAGCUCGUCGAUUUUCAUACAUUUUCGCGUUGGUUGGAGGAUGAAAUGAAAAACCAGUUAGCAAGUAUAAAUCCUCACUUUUUUGGCAAAAAGGACCGCAAGGAUCAGCAGUUUGUGCCGUUUACAAAACCGAAACCUCCUGUCCUAAAUGUCAACACUCGUGAACCUGAGCAGAAGGGAAAAUGUCCCCUAUGUAAGUUGAGCGGUCAUGUGAGUCUGGUAAAGUGCGAACAGUUCGCCAAGCUUUCCGUAGAGCAACGUCGCUCUGUUGCAAGAUCCUGUAGAGUUUGUUACUUGUGCCUAAAGCAGGAUCAUUCUCGGCGUGAUUGCCGAUCCGAUAGGACAUGUUCGCUGUGUGACCAGAACCAUCAUGAGUUGGUGCACUCGGAUAUUGAAAGCAAGAAACCAGCACGGAAGAUCGAGAAGUCCUCCGAAGAUCUUUGCCAUGUGAACGGUAGAGAUUCCAAUACUCUUCUUCGUAUCGGAAGAGUAAAGAUUCGAUGCAACGGUUCCCUCCGAAUUGUUUUCGCGCUGUUCGACGAAGGAUCUUCCCUGUCAAUGGUCGACGCGGAACUGGCUGAUCAAAUGAAACUGCGUGGUCCGAUAUCUCCAGUUACCUACCGCUGGACAAAUGGAAUUUCGCACAAGGAUGAUACGUCAAUGUUGUUGUCUCUUCAUGUUUCCGGACCGGCCGAGAAGGCAAAAUGGUAUGAAAUGAGCAACGUACGGACCAUAAAUAACAUUAACUUACCACGAGUAAGUAUCGAUAUCGAGAAAAUUGAGCGAUUGUAUUCACUUCUGGAGGAAGAUAAACUGGCGGCCAUACAGAACGCUGUACCGAAAAUGCUGAUUGGUUCCAACAACGCUGGCCUAAUCGUCCCUUUGAAAACCGUACAGUAUUCAACAAGAGGUCUACAACUGACGCGUUGUCAUCUUAGUUGGACUAUCCAUGGGGAAGUAGAACCUGCAACAGACGACAUCGUUGACCAAUUCCAUGUGUUUAUUUGUAAUGACCAGGAUUUGAAGCUGACGGAGCUGGUCAGAGAAAUGUAUAAAGUAGAAGAUUUCGGCAUCAAGCAACAAGACCCGAAGAUGUCUGAAGAAGACGAGAGAGCACUGGAUAUCAUGAACAGAACAUUAAAACGUAAUGGAGACCGAUUUGAGGUCGGUAAACUUUACAAAUACAACAACUUUACGUUCCCGGAUAGCAAGCCUCAGGCACUUCGUCGUCUAGCGAUCAUUGAGAAGAAGAUGGAUGCUGAUCAGAAAUUUGCUGAACAAUAUUGUCAGAAAAUUGAAGAUUACAUCGAAAAGGGAUAUGCGAGGAAACUGCGAACUGAAGAACUACCGGAAACACCCAAUACUUGGUAUCUGUCGCAUUUCAGCGUUGUUAAUGCAAACAAAUUUCGAUUAGUGAUGGAUGCCAAAGCCAAAUCGCAUGGUUUUUCACUGAAUGAUUUGCUGCUUAAAGGGUCGGAUUUCGUUCCAUCUUUGAUUGGAGUACUAAUUAGAGGAAGACAGAAAAAGAUCGCUUUCAUGGCCGACAUAAAAGAGAUGUUCCAUCAGAUCCUGAUUAGACAGAUGGAUCAGAAUUCCCAGCGUUUCUUCUGGCGUGGCAUGGAUCGUACUUCUGCUCCUCAAGUAUAUGUCAUGAUGGCGAUGAUUUUUGGAGCUGUAUCAUCUCCUUCCAUUGCUCAAUUCAUUAAGAAUUUCAACGCUAGGGAACUCGAGGACCGAUUUCCUGGUGUGGAACGUGCAAUAGUUAGGCAACACUACGUUGAUGACUAUUUUGAUUCAACAGACAGUGAAAUCGAAGCAAUCAUUCUAGCCAAAAAUGUUAUCGAGGCGCACAAGCAAGGCGGAUUCAAGCUAGUCAAAUUCGUCUCCAACUCAAGCGCAGUGCUGAAGUCUCUGGAUCCUGCAAUGAGAGCUGAACCGAAGGCAGAUGUUCAUGUCCUGGGCCUGCAGUGGCAUCUAUCUACUGACGAGUUUGUGUUCCCUCUGAAUUUUCCGAAGCUUGAUACAGUUUUGCGAUCUGGAGCUGGUAUCCCCACCAAACGGCAAUUGCUAAAAUUUAUGAUGGGGAUUUUUGAUCCGUUGAGUAAACUUAGUCCCAUCACUAUUCAUUUGAAGAUAUUGUUUCAAGAUUUAUGA